UCUCUAGUGGUCGUGAUGGUCUUGAAGUACUUAUAUUUACGUGGUAUUAUGCGUCCACAUUUUAUAUAGCUUGACAGGUUACGUUGGAAGUAAUUUGCAUCAUGCCGCACUAUACGCGCGGGAACAAAACUUGCUGAUCUCUGUUAUCGUACCGGUACAGUGACAACCAAAAGAUUGGCGUUUUGAAGAAGACAAUCAAAGUCUCACACAACUAGCUAAUACCUUAUCCAAUGUCAUGUUUACGUCAAAGCUAUUGACCCUCGUCUUGGUGGUGCAGCCAGGGCGAGUAUUACUGGGCAUGAAGAAGAGGGGGUUCGGAGCAGGUAAAUGGAAUGGCUUUGGAGGAAAAGUGGAACAUGGUGAAACCAUUGAGCAAGCAGCCCGAAGGGAACUGUUGGAGGAAAGUGGGCUAACUGUGGACACAUUGGAUAAGCUAGGAAACAUCAAAUUUGAAUUCAUUGGAGAGACAGAACUAUUAGACGUUCACAUAUUCAGAGCAGACUCCUUCCACGGAGAGCCAACGGAAUCAGACGAAAUGAGGCCUCAGUGGUUUGACUGCGACAAAAUUCCCUUCAGUCAGAUGUGGGCAGAUGAUAUUCUGUGGUUUCCCAUGAUGUUUCAGAAGAAGAAAUUCCUUGGUUAUUUCAAAUUUCAGGGCCAUGAUUUGAUUGUGGAACACAAGCUUGAAGAGGUAAAUGAGGUUUCAUGAAAUGGCAUUGUAAAGUACUCUGUCCUUUCUAUUUUGUGCUGAAUGAAAGACAGGGACCUAGAAGUGCUUUUGUGGUAUGGGUUACAACAAGGAUUUUGCAAAGAUGUUUUUUUUUCUCUUUAAAGUUUUUUUUUUUAUUAUAAUUAUUACUAUUAUGACCUAAAUUUAAGUGUAGAAAGUAAAUUAAGUUGUCUGCCAUCUUGAUAAACAAAAGAAUCCAAUAUUUUGUUUAUUAGUGUGCUUUUCUUAUCAGUAUCUGUUGCUGCGGUUUUGUGUUGUGUAAAGUCAGAAAUGUUUCUUGUUUCAACUGAAUGAAGACCUACAGUGUAUACCACAUUGUCCUUACCAUGAUACUUAAAUUAAGGCCUAAGCUGUGUUAAGAUCAGUUGAAGGCUGUGAAUACUUAUAUUGUGCCUUCAAGGUUGUGCCAUUUAUAAAUACAACUCUUACUGUGGUUCCAUGUUAAGAACCCCCUAGAUAUACAGUAUAUGCUUACAACACAGGACCAAGGGCUUAACAAAACCAAGAAAAAAAAACAUACUGUAUGGAGUGUUGUACCCCAUCUGCUCACAAGACACUUCCUAAUCCAGUUCAUUUAAAACUAAUAUUUCAUUUUUCAUUCAUGUUUUCUCAGCUGUUUCUGAGUAGCUGCUUUCAUGUUAGAAUUGAUGUCUUUAUAGAGAGUAAAUAAUGUUUGAAUAAAGUCGACUAAUUGCACAUGUA